AUGGCCGGCUCGGAGCAGCAGCGGCCGCGGCGGCUGGACGACGGAGACGCGGCGGCGGCGCCCCUGCAGGACGCGGAACUGGCCCUCGCCGGCAUCAACAUGCUGCUUAACAACGGCUUUCGGGAGUCGGACCAGCUCUUCAAACAAUACAGAAAUCAUAGCCCGUUAAUGAGUUUUGGAGCCAGCUUUGUCAGUUUUUUGAAUGCCAUGAUGACAUUUGAGGAAGAAAAAAUGCAGUUGGCGUGUGAUGACUUAAAAACUACAGAAAAGCUGUGUGAAAGUGAAGAGGCUGGAGUAAUUGAAACAAUCAAGAAUAAAAUUAAGAAGAAUGUUGAUGUCCGAAAAUCUACCCCCUCUAUGGUUGAUCGGCUUCAGAGGCAGAUAAUCAUAGCUGACUGUCAAGUUUACCUGGCUGUUCUCUCAUUUGUAAAGCAAGAAUUGUCAGCAUAUAUAAAAGGUGGGUGGAUCCUUAGGAAAGCCUGGAAGAUUUACAAUAAAUGCUAUCUGGACAUCAACGCCCUGCAGGAGCUGUAUCAGAAGAAGCUAACAGAAGAGCCUUUGACUUCCGAUGCUGCAAAUGAUAACCACAUUGUGGCUGAAGGGGUGUCUGAGGAGUCUCUGAACAGACUGAAAGGUGCUGUGAGCUUUGGAUACGGCCUUUUUCACCUUUGCAUAUCCAUGGUGCCCCCAAACCUGCUCAAAAUCAUCAACCUGCUGGGUUUUCCUGGAGACCGUCUGCAGGGGCUUUCUUCACUGAUGUAUGCAAGCGAAAGUAAGGACAUGAAGGCCCCUUUAGCUACAUUAGCGCUGCUCUGGUAUCAUACUGUGGUCCGCCCGUUUUUUGCCUUGGAUGGCAGUGAUAACAAAGCCGGCCUGGAUGAAGCGAAGGAAAUUCUUCUCAAAAAAGAAGCUGCUUAUCCAAACUCUUCCCUCUUUAUGUUUUUCAAGGGACGCAUACAACGACUAGAGUGUCAAAUCAACAGUGCCUUGACUUCCUUCCAUACUGCUCUGGAACUUGCAGUAGACCAGAGAGAAAUCCAGCAUGUUUGUCUCUAUGAAAUUGGUUGGUGCAGCAUGAUAGAGCUGAAUUUCAAGGAUGCAUUCAAUUCCUUUGAGAGGCUAAAAAACGAGUCCCGGUGGUCCCAGUGCUAUUAUGCCUACCUAACUGCAGUUUGCCAGGGAGCCACCGGUGAUGUGGACGGGGCACAGAUUGUCUUCAAAGAAGUUCAGAAGCUCUUCAAAAGGAAAAACAAUCAGAUUGAACAGUUUUCUGUGAAAAAGGCAGAGAGAUUUCGGAAACAAACCCCAACCAGAGCGCUCUGCGUGCUGGCAUCCAUCGAAGUGUUGUACUUGUGGAAGGCCCUCCCCAACUGCUCCCCCCCCAACCUACAGAGGAUGAGUCAAGCUUGCCAUGGAGUAGAUGACUCAUCUGUCGUUGGAUUAAAGUAUUUGCUUCUUGGUGCCAUACACAAAUGUCUAGGGAACUCAGAAGAUGCUGUUCAGUUCUUUCAGCGAGCUGUCAAAGAUGAAUUGUGUCGUCAGAAUAACUUAUACGUUCAGCCAUAUGCUUGCUAUGAACUUGGCUGUCUUCUGUUAGACAAACCAGAGACUGUAGGAAGAGGCAGAGCUCUCCUUCUUCAAGCAAAGGAGGAGUUCUCUGGCUACGACUUUGAAAACAGGUUGCAUGUCCGCAUUCAUGCUGCCCUGGCCUCAAUGAGGGAACUGGUUCCUCAGUGA